UCCUUGUAUGGGUGACUGAAGAGCAGCCAUGAGUGCGGAGCCGGACGCCUUGGCCGUGGUCAACCAGCUGCGGGACCUGGCCGCUGACCCCAUGAACCGCAGGGCCAUCGUCCAGGACCAAGGCUGCCUGCCAGGACUCAUCCUGUUCCUGGACAACCCCAACCCUCAGGUCGUCUACUCCGCCCUGCUGGCGAUCCGUUACCUGGCAGAAUGCCGAGCCAACCGGGAGAAGCUGAAGGGGGAGCUGGGGAUGAUGCUGAGCCUCCAGAACGUGGUACAGAAGUCAACAACGCCCGGAGAGACGAAGCUUCUGGCGUCCGAGAUCUACGAACUCCUGCAGGCGUCGAGCAGCGCCGACACCGAGCAAGCCGAGGAGCCUGUCAGCAGCCGGCGUAAAGCCCAGUUCUUCCUGGGCUCCAGCAACAAGAGAGCCAAGACGGUCAUCCUCCAUAUCGACGGCCUGGACGACUCGAGUCGGAGGAGUCUGUGUGAGGAGGCUCUGCUGAAGAUCAGAGGGGUGAUCAGCUUCACCUUCCAGAUGGCCGUCAAGAGAUGCAUCGUCAGGAUCCGCUCCGACCUGAAGGCCGAGGCUCUGGCGUCGGCGAUCGCGUCCACUCAGGUGAUGACGGCUCAGCAGGUGGUGAAAGGAGAGAGCGGAGACGAGGUUUUGAUCCCGUUUAAGGAGGACGGCUCGGUGGUGGUGGAGCAGAACGUGAACCUGCCGGACUACCUCCCCGAGGACGAGAGUCCGUCUCAGGAGCCCGACAAGGCGGUGAGCCGGGUGGGAUCGGGCCAGGAAGGAGCCAGCUGGCUGGGCGCUGCCACCAACUUCCUGUCCCGCUCCUUCUACUGGUGACCCCCACAGGCCCCGACCCCCCCCCCCCCCCGUUACAGCCCCGCCUCCUCUCAGAACCAAAACGUACCAGCUGCCAAAUGUCACCUGUGUGUCUCAGCGGCAGAGACGAACACUGAGACGGACUGAGAGAGAAAAAAACUGCUGUUAGAGACCAUGUUUGAGGUUUCUGUGUAAAGUCGCUCUGUGAACACGACCUUCCCUUCAUUACCAAAAUGUCUUAACAGCAGCAACACGAACAAACACCUAUGAGGAAGAAUGAAGAGGACCGAGCAGGACGCCCCUCUCUUUCUUUACCUUUUUAUUUAUUUAUUAAACCACCAGACUGAGGGGAGUUCAGUCAGCUGUGCCUUCA